AUGCAUGUUAUUUAUUCAUCAUCAUCAUCAUCGAAAACUGUUAAUGCCUGUGCUCAUCAUCGCCAAAAACCUACAACAACAACUUCUUCCUACUCCUCCGCUUUGACCCGAACCUACUCGCCAUCAUUUUCCAGAAUGUUAACCAGAGACCAACAACAACAGUUUAGAAAUCAUAGUAUCAUCUCAAAGAAAUUGUCGAUGCAACAGCAACAACAAAUGAUGGAGGACAAUCUCUCGGACGACGACCUCGAUGAACUUGAGGACGACAACUACAACGGUGACAUCGAUGCCGACGAUGAAGACGAGGACAACGCUCAUCAAGUUCUCAAUAUGCUAUCACAUACUCUCAAGGAUCAACAUCCUCAUCUUCAAAAUCAUCAACAACAUCAACUGCAACAAUUCCAUAAACAACAACAACAACAACAACAACAAUUUCAUCCAAGAGAAAUGAAAAUGACAUCACCAUCGGCCACCUCACAAAUGAUUAAUUUCAAAAUGAAAUCAUCUUCCACCUCUCAUAUUCCACAAAUUUCGGCACAUCCAUUGCUAUUGAAUCCACAAAACCAACAGCAACAACAUCAACAUCAUCAACAACAACAACAUCAGAAUCAUAACGCCUAUAACCAUCACAGCAAUAACAGUCAACGUGACAACGAUCACAAUUCACAUCCAACACUCAGUGAUAUCUCACACUUGAUAUCAUCUCCUCAUCCCGAUGAUGCAGCAGAAGCACCAUCGAUUUCAUCACCAUCUUCAGACGAUAUGUCUGGAGACGAUAUGUCCUCGCCACCACAACACCAAAACUUUUCUUCACUUUCCCUCCACUCACCAGGAAAACCCGGCUCCAAAUUCAAUCAGUUCAUUCCAGGAAUUCCAAGUGGAGGAAUGAUGAAAUCCUCUUCCUGUAGUAAUAUAGUUCCAAAAACCUGUAACUAUAAUAAAUGCUGUAUAUGUGCAUACGGUCCACCUCCUUCAUUCUUUACUUCAGCACCAACAUGGGCUGACAUUUGUUAUAUUGCACUUUAUUGUUUAACUCUAUCAAAGCCAGAUAUUAAAUACUUCCACAUUAAGAAAGAUAUUUGUACUUUUAUUGAUUCUCAUUAUGAAACUAUGUGUAUGAGGAAAAGAACAUCAAUUUGGAGACAAACAGUAAAUAUGACUUUAUCACAUCCUCAAUACUUUGAAAUGUUCCAACAAGAGAGUGCACUUGAAAAUGGAAGAAAAGGAUACUAUGGAUUGAAGCAAAUCCAUGAUCCAUACGAACAUACUGCUCUCAACAAACGAAGCAGAAGAAAGAGAAGACACGAACAAAAGAUGUUACAGGAAGAACUGAAAAAAUCAUCUUCAUUCUCCACCACCAUAUCCGCAUCGAAAAAUCAAUCACCAGUCAACCAAAUCAUUGGAUCUAUUUAUUCAUCUAACAACUCCAACUCAUCAUCACAACAACAACAAUCAUCUUCACAAUCACAUUCACAAUCAUCUUCACCAAAUUCAUUUGUCUCACCAAACGACAGUGAAUUCAUUCCAUCCUAUGAACUGGCAUCGAUCUCUCAACAAUAUAAAAGAGUUAAAUGCAACAGUAGUAGUAGCAGCAGCAACAACAACAAUAGCAGUAGCUGCUCUGCACCAACACCAUCCUCUCAACAACAAACUCCAACCACACAAUCUCAAAACUCAAUGUCGACAAAUCCAAUUAUUUUACCACUUCCAAGUAUUUCUGGAAAACCACCCAUCCAAUCACCACAACUCCAACACCAUCAUCAACAACAACAACAACAACUCCAACAGCACAAAAAGAAUUUUGAGAGUAUUUUGAACUCUGAUGACGACAUGCCAAGUAUAACCAGUAGCAGUAACAGCAACAAUAAACGUCCAUUGUCCUCUCCGAUCGAGAAACCACAGUGGUACAAACAGAUACCCUCCUCCGCCAAUCAACAACUACAAGACUCUGAUAGUCCAAUGUCAAACGCGAGCAACAGUGCUCAGAACACACCGAGUCCAAUCGUCAAGAAAUUCACUCAAAAAACGAUCUUGCCGAAACUCGACGACGAGGAGGACGAGCUGAUGGAGAACGAGCGUGAAGUUCCAAGACUCUACAACAAGUCGCCAAUGACCAAGUUGAUACUGGAGAAGAGUUUGCCACCACUCUCACCUACCUCGCUCACCCAAAACACCGCUACCAAUCCACUCUCCAACUCGCCAUCGCCCAUCAACAGUCGCUCGAACUCGCCGUGCCAGCAGACACCAUCCACUCUGCUGUGGCAACAGAACAACAACGGCAAUCACCCGCUGAAUCCAAUUUUAGGUAAGGUCAUUGUAAAAGUAUAUAGUGUAGACUACAGACAGCAUAUCAAUAGUCAUAUCUAA